UUGAAGUUUCUUUCAAUCAGGGAAGCGAACACCAGAGAGAGCUGUGAGGAGCCGGCGAUCGCGAAUCUCUUCGCUUUUUGGGGGGAUUUUUUUUUUGAAAUAAAGAUUUAGAUGUCAUUUCUAAAAUUUGCACAGCGUGAGAAAACUCAUUGAGAUCAUUUUUUAUUCAACAAUGCCGGGCCUAUCGGAAAAUGUUUGUGAAGGUGAAAGCAAGACCGUGGAUGAGCAACAAGAAGAGGAUCGAGGACAUCGUGAAAAACACCCAGAUGUCCAGGCUGCACCAGAUUCCGAUGAUGAAAUUGUGGUCAACAAAAGAUUUCGGAGCAAAAAUGUAUUGUCAGACAGUGAUAGUGAUUCUGAAUUGGAACAGAAGACUGGACCUGCAAAUAGUCUAACCUUAAAGUCUGGCAGUGAGGAUGAGAAGGAGGAAGAAGAGGAGGGAAAGCACCACAAGCCUACAAGGAGAAUUAGUCGAGUAGACAGUGAAACUGAGGAUGAGAAUGAAUCCAGAGAGAUGGAAGGAGACUUGUAUAAUUCCAAGAAGAAAAAAUAUAAGGAUAAAGUUGCCAAAAUUAGCCGAUCUCAACAAAACAAAACUCUGUUUGAUGAAGAUGAUGAUGAGGAAAGCCAGUCAGUCCAUGAGAAUAGCUGUCUUGCCAGAGAUGACGACCUGUUUGACACUGGUCUGAAUGAAGGAGAAGAAGAGGACGAGCAGGAUCAGGAACAUUUGAACUCUGAAGGAGAGCAAUUUGAAGAAGUGAAAGGGAAGAGAAUGGAGCGAAAGGCAGCUCGGGUUAGUAAGGAAGCUAUUCGACAGCUGCACAGUGACAGCCAGAGGCUGGUGCGAGAAUCAGCUUUGGGGUUAGGGUAUCAUCUACCAGAGCCCAAAACAAUCCAUGACUUCUUCAAGAAACGGCCACGGUUAACCUUCCAGGGCAAUGCCAUGGCGUUGAUCAAAUCAAAUAAAUAUCAGCCAUGUGUAACUGAAGAAAAGCCAGAUAGUGAAACAAAGCUGGAGACUCCUUCUGACAAUCUUCCUGUGGGAAGUGAAAACACAGCUCUGCAGCCGCUGAAGGACAGCACUAACUUGACAAUGGAAGAUGGAUCAGCAGAGGCUUUGUCUGAACCAUGUAGAUCAGAAGUAUCAACUGAGAUGGCAUCCACAGCCAUUUCACAUUUGCCAGAUUGUACUCAGAAGGAAGAUAAUGCAGAGAUUCUAUCUGCUCGCCAAUCCAAAUCUCUUAGGAACAAACUGGAAAAACUAAAGCAGCUGGGUGUUGCACCACCACCAACACCAAGGUUAUGUGCCGAUGAUGGGGCUUUUGUGAAUCUAGAUGUAUCAAGUGUAAAUCCAGACUUGGAAGCCCUAAAAGAACGCUUUCUUCGCCAUGUCCAGCCCACAGUAAAGGCACGGCCAGAUUCUACCAUCCAGCUCAGUGUUGUGCGUAAGGAGGUUGGACCAGACGGAAAAGAGGAACUCAAGGCAGAUACUGUUUCUGUGAAUCUGUCAGGGGAGAGUGGAUUAGUGACUGGCCACAGCAAGCCAGGUGAGAAGUUGGUUUUAUUGAAGUCACAACUCCAGCAAGCCAUGGCUCAGCGCAGGAAGGAGGAAAGACAGAAGAGAAUGGAAUUUGAUAAGAUGGAUAAUGAAGAGUGCUUAGAAGAUGAAGAGGAAGAAGAAAUGACAGAUGAGUCUGAGGGAGAAGAGGAGGAAGAUGCUGACUUUUUACUAAGACAGGGUGAGGAGAAAGAGGGAAGUGAAGACGAUGAAGAGGUUGAAGUGAAGAAGCUGAGUAGUGUAGCUGGCACGGUGGCUACAGAGCCUCCUCCUAGUACCCACAUCUCUGAUGGCACUCUGCUACUUUUCAAUGGCUCCUGUUCCCGUGCAGGGGAUCCUGAAGGUGAAGAAGUGAGGCAUUCUGGAGCAGACCAUGGCAAAGCAGAAGAAGAUUCUUCAUUUCCUUCUGUCCAAAAAGAAAACAGCCAUAACAGCAGCUUUGAACUGAUAGGUUCCAUGAUUCCAUCAUACCAGCCAAUUAGCAAACAAGGUUGCAGAGGAGCUCUUGUCUCUGGCUUUCGUUCCCCAUCUCCAGGACUGUUCAGGGCCAGUUUCUUAAAUUCUGCUUCAAAGAGUUCUGGUAAGCUGUCAGAACCUUCACUUCCUGUUGAAGACUCUCAGGAUCUUUACACUGCUUCUCCAGAAGCUAAGGAGUGUCCUCUAGGAGAUGGAGAAUCGCUAUUUCGUUUCUCUCUAGAGGAAGAGACACAAAGCCAGCUUCUAGAUGCUGAUGGCUUCCUUAAUGUUGGCUCUCGUGGCACCAGCACCUUGAGUAAAUAUCCACGUAAGCACCAGCUAGUACUUGACAGCCUAGAUGAGAAUGCAAUGGACACUAACAUGAUUGAACUACUUGGAUUUUGCUCUGGAAAUUUUCAAUCUCAAAAAACAGCGGACCUAAAAAACAAGCACCCUACCAGCCAAGAUGGAAACAUGGGAGAGCUGCUUGAUUUGUGCUCUGGGAAGUUUCUCACUCCUGAAGGAGAAGGCAGGAGGAAUCAGGCAUGUAGUACACAGGAUAGGAACAUGGGGGAGCUACUUGGGUUAUGCUCUGGGAAGUUUAACACUCAGGAUGAAGAAGAGGGCAGAAACAAGGAAUGUUCUACAGAAGAUGAGAAUAUGGAGGAGCUUUUAGGCUUGUGUUCUGGGAAGUUCUCUUCUGAGGAGCCAAGUUCAUGCAAUGAAGACAGUGCUGACAAAAAGUUUGAAGUGGCUGAUGGUUCUUGUAGCCAGUCCACACCGUCUCGCAAUAUGCCUACCCAGGAUACACAAAAAUCAAAUUUAGAAGGCACUAACUGUAAGAGGAAUGAUGAUGAAGAAGAAGAAGAGGAGAAUUGUGAAUUCCAGUUGUUAACUGAUGUGGGCAGUACGGGAACAGAGGAGGAGGAAAGUGAAGGUGAGGAUGAUGCUAGAGAGGAUGAAGAUGAGGAGAAUAUUUAUGCUCGACGGAAUGGUGUUCGGAAGAAGAUGAAGCUGGAAGACUUUCUGGAAGAUGAAGCUGAACUGUCAGGAAGUGAAGUGGGCAGUGAAGAUGAAGACGAUCGAGCAGAAUGGGAUGAAUAUGAGGAAGAAGCUAUUGAUGAAGAACUACCUUCAGAUGAAGAACUGCAGGAUCAGGUCAACAAGAUUCACAUGAAGCAGUUGUUGGAUGAGGAUAAGAGAUGCCUGCGUCUUUAUCAGGAGCGCUACCUGGCUGAUGGGGAUUUGCACACUGAUGGACCUGGAAGAGCGAGGCGAUUCAGAUGGAAGAAUAUUGAUGAUGUGUCACAAAUGGACCUCUUCAACAGAGACUCUGAGGAAGAGGAGUUGCUGGAAGAAGGUGGAGAGACUGAACAGCAGUGGAGAAAGGAGCGAUUUGAGAGAGAGCAGUGGCUGAAAGAACAGUUGAAAACAGCAGGGUCAGAUGAUGAUGAGGAUAAGAUUGGAGAGGACAGCCAAUUCAUGAAAUUAGCCAAGAAGCUUACAGCCAGAGUGUUGCAAAAGAAAGAUUCCAAUGUGAUACUUCCCAAACAAAAGAAACUUGUGACUCGGAAUCCUUUUGAGAAACCAGUUGCCUUAUCUCGGAUAAAGACUGGGUCACUUUUGAGCCAGCCCAAGGAGGUCCUACAGAAGCUGGCUUCCCUUUCUGAUCUUAAUCCUAAUGCACCUCGCAACACUAGGAACUUUGUCUUCCAAACUUUAUCCCCUGAAAAGGAGAGACCUGUUGACUUAUCUGUUAAAUCUCAGGCAAAGAAGCGUCUUCCAGUGACGGUGAUCACCUCCACUUCCAAACGACCCAGAAAAGAAGCUACAGAGAAACCAGCAGCACCACAGAGAAGUAUCUUUCGAUACCUUGAGAACUGAACAUAAGUGGCACUUGAGCCCACUCCAGAAAAUUCUUUGUAAAUUUUGUUUUAUAUUGUAUUAUUUGUGUUUAAUUAUCUAACUGUUUAAUAAAAUAUUUUUGUGCCUUU